UUAUUUUGGAGUGUUUGGCAAUUAGUAUUAGUAUUAGAGUUUACAUAAAAUUUGCACUUGAAUUUGCUGAAAUUCUCCAUUUCCCGCUCCAUAGCAAGAUUUGGAAGCUGAUUUGAGUUAUUCAGUAUGUAAUGGCUUCAAUCAUCCGAAAGCUGCUUAUACCCAGGACGACGAUACCCAUACCCAAACGCUACGACCUAAGAAGUCCAGAAGCCGAGCCGGAGAGGCCAUUCAUCCCGUUUUCAAAGCUUCAAGAGCGGAAGCUCUUGGAAACCCAUUUAGUUUCGCUUCUGGAUGUGUGCAACAGUUUGUUCCAGAUCAAGCAAGUCCACGCGCACGUCAUCCGGCGAGGUGUAGAGCAGUGCUGCUAUGUUCUUACUAAGCUCAUUCGCACACUCGCCAAAAUCGAUGUCCCCGUGGAGCCCUACCCGCGCAUGGUGUUUGACAGGGUGGGAGACCGGAACCCCUUUCUGUGGACCGCCAUCAUUCGCGGCUACGCCAUGCAAGGGCCGUUUGGAGAGUCGGUGAGGCUGUACGGGUUGAUGAGGAGGGAAGGGUUUUCGCCCGUUUCGUUCACGUUCACGGCGUUGUUGAAGGCUUGUAGUGAUAGGUUUGAGGUGGAUUUAGGGCGGCAAAUUCAUGGACAGUGUGUGAGGAUUGGUGGGCUCUGUUGUGAUUUGUAUCUGGGGAAUACUUUGAUUGAUAUGUACGUGAAAUGUGGGUGGGUAGAAUGUGGGAGAAAGGUGUUCGAUGAAAUGCCUCUGAGAGAUGUUAUCUCGUGGACGUCGUUGAUCUUUGCUUAUGCCAAGAGUGGGGAUAUGGAAGACGCAGUGGAGCUGUUUGAGAAAAUGCCUUUUAAGGAUAUGGUGGCGUGGACCACAGUGGUCACUGGUUUAGCUCAAAAUGGGAAACCCAUGGAAGCCAUAGAGUUCUUCCGUAGGAUGCAGAAUGCUGGUGUGCAGACAGAUGAAGUGAUAUUGUCUGGAGUUAUAUCAGCUUGUGCGCAAUUGGGUUCCAGUAAGCACGCAGAUUGGGUGAGAGGUGUUGCUGAGAGAUCAGGAUUCGGGCCUGCUGAUCAUGUCGUAGUCGGCUCAGCAUUGAUUGAUAUGUACUCCAAAUGUGGAAGCGUGGAGGAUGCCUACGAUGUGUUCGAGAAAAUGCGCGAGAAGAAUGUGUUCUCAUAUAGCUCCAUGAUUCUUGGGUUUGCUAUGCACGGCCAUGCAAAUUCUGCACUAAACUUGUUUGAACAGAUGCUGAGAACAAACGUAAAGCCAAACGAUGUAACUUUUCUUGGCGUCUUGUUAGCUUGCAGCUAUUCAGGCUUGGUAGAACAAGCAAAACGGUACUUUGAUUUGAUGGAGAAAAAGUAUGGCAUUGAACCAGCUGUAAAUCACUAUUCUUGCAUGGUGGAUGUUCUUGGCAGGGCUGGGGAACUAGAGCAAGCCCUUGAACUCAUCAGGAACAUGCCGAUAAAGCCGAAUGGUGGUGUCUGGGGAGCCCUGUUAGGAGCUUGCCGCAUCCAUGGCAACCCAGAUGUUGCAGAGGUUGCAGCAAACCAUCUGUUUGAGCUUGAACCAGAUGGUAUUGGGAACUAUGUCUUGCUCUCCAACAUAUAUGCUUCUGCAGGGAGGUGGGAGGAUGUGUUGAGGGUGAGGAAGAUGAUAAGAUCAAGAUCACUGAAAAAGAACCCUUCAAGAAGCUGGAUUGAAGGGAAAGAUGGCGCGAUUCAUGAGUUCUAUGCAGGGGAUUCGACCCACCCGAUGUCUGGUUCGAUUAAAGAAGCUGUGAUGGAUCUUAUUGAGCAACUCAGGCUGCGGUGUGGAUAUGAACCAAACCUGAGCUGUGUGCCUUACGAUUUGAACGAUGAGGAUAAGAAGAGGAUUCUGAUGAUGCAUAGUGAGAAGCUUGCCUUGGCGUAUGGGCUGCUGGCUACUGAUGCUGAUUCUGCCAUUAAAAUCAUGAAGAAUCUGAGAAUAUGUGAAGACUGUCAUUCGUUCAUGUGCGGUGCCUCUGGUGUGAGUGGCAGGGAGAUUAUCAUCAGGGAUAAUAACAGGUUCCACCAUUUUCGUAAUGGGGUGUGCUCUUGUGCCAACUUUUGGUGAUGCUUCAAUUCAAAGGAAACCAACCCAUUUUUGGAUUUUAUUAGGUUUUAUCAAUUCAAUUAAAUGAGUUAACUCGAGAUCCUCCGAAUGUAGUAAAUUUGUCACGUUUAAUCUUAAAUUGUUAAAUUGA